AUCUUCGACACUUCUCGGAUUAUGUUCGGUUGUCUCUAUUGCUGUUUGUUGAUUUUUUUUUUUUUUUUUAAACUAAACUAGUGUUACGCAAGUGUUCUACUGUUCAAUGCAGUGUAGGCUACUGGGUGGGUAGUGGUGAGAUCCGGGCUUUAAUGAGCUACUUCAAAACACAAUUCUGUAAGAAUAAUAACGGAUUUUUACUUGUGAUGCGAUUUGUCUGACGGAAAACAGCUGUGACGAGGCUGUUUGUGUCUUGGAGCAGCAGCCACACCCUCCUCCUCCUCCUCCUCUUUUUCCUCGGUGUGCAGCAGCAGCAGGAGGACCAGAAGCAGCAUGAUGCGAUACAUCCUUACUCUUUUGGUGCUGCCAGCAGUCUGCAAUGGCAUCCUGCCUGAGAUCGUAGAGUCAGGAAUCAAUCACAUCGUGGAGGGACCGUCGGAGCUGGACCGCAUAUUUGUGCAGCAACUGCAGGAGGAUCGGCUGCAAAAGCCUGAGGAUGCGUUUAUCCAGACAAACAGCAGUGUCAGCCCUCAUCACAGUGACCUUCCUCAGAGGCAUCCCAACCAGACUGAUAAGGUGACUAAUGAGGAAUCUGUGCACUCCUCAGCAGAACAGGGGACAAACAACAUUACUGCCGCAGCUUUCCCAGUCAGUGACCUGGAUAACAGUAUCAAUCAUGGAUGUUUGACUAACGACGACUGUGGAAAAGGAAAGUAUUGCCUCUCUGACACCCAUAGGUCCAAGUGUAAGCCAUGUAAAGACACUGAUGUGUCUUGUACUAAAGAUGACGAGUGCUGCGGCGACCAGAUGUGUGUGUGGGGUCAGUGCAGCAAAAAUGCUACCAAAGGAGAAGCUGGCAGCACUUGUCAAGUCCAGAAUGACUGUCAGCCAGAUCUCUGCUGUGCAAUUCAUAAAGCCUUGCUAUUCCCCGUUUGUUCGGUCAAGCCGAUUGAACGUGAACGCUGUUUUGAUGUCUCCAACAACCUGAUGGAGCUGCUGUCCUGGGACACGAAGGAUAAGAAACCCAGGAAACACUGUCCGUGUGCCGGAGAGCUUCAGUGCCAGCACCUCGGGCGUGGCUCCAUGUGCCUGAAAGCAGAGGACACAAGUGAAGAGGACUUGACAGACUCUCUGUACUCAGAAAUUGACUACAUUCUCUAGGCAAAGCUUGACUGAAUUUACUCUCUCAAGCAGCAUGAAGCUUUUUCCCCACUGUCUUUUUGCCAGCUUAAUCCAAAGUUGUAAAGUUACAAAGCUAAUAUAACGGAUGCUAAUAGUUUCAAUCACUGAUUGUUUUUAUGUUUUUGUUUCUUUGAGUGUUAAAUGAACGUUGCUUAAACUAUCCAUGUAAUUUAUGUCAGGAUUCAACAUUUAGUCACAGCUGGGAUUACAGUUAUUUCUCUGAAAUUAUGAUACAAUGAGGUUGUUUCCCUCACUCCUUAGCUAAAUGGCCCUAAUACAUUACAUAUACUACAUUUUUUUAUUGGAAGGUGUUCAUCUUAUUUGGCUUUUUAUUAAUCAUAGGAUUUAUUUUUUUUUGCAAGAAUUAUAGGAACAGUUUGAUGACCAUUAAAGAUUUUUCAGGCAUUGCUGAAUGUCGGAAAAAUGAAUAUGGAUAAUUUCUAAAUAGAUAAAAGGUUUACUUUUUUUUUUUUAACUGAUACUCCUUUUAAACUGCUUGAAUACAUUUCAAGAGAUGCUCUUAUUUAUUUUCAUAAAUUUGUUGAAUGAAAAUAACAUGAAUAAUUCUGAGUUUAAUUGUACUAAAAGAUAGUCUUCUUAGUUUUAUACACCAAUGCUACAUUUUAAUUUUUUUGACUCACGCCAGGCAAUGCAGCGAACAUCCUAAACAAUCGGAUAUCCAGACAAAUCGGUGCAUGUUUCUUAAAGAAACCGAUGGCUUUGUAAUUGGUUUCAUGUUUGACCAUGUAGAGUUUUAGUUUUUAAUAAAGCUUCUUUUCUAAUUCCUGGUCAAUCACAUCUAAAGUUAUGCAUUUAAAAGCAGUUUGUUUAUUUUCUCUCACAAGUCAACUGGACGACAUUAUGACUCUUAUGGGGUUCAUGCAUCAUGGUUUUGAAAUAAAAAAUAAUCUCAUAUACCCUUUAGAAGCAUCAUUAUCAGUAUCUAAUGUUUGUGAAUGCAGCAGUUUGUGAUCCAAUUAGACUUUUGCUCUUCUCUUAAUCAAACUUGUUGCUCUGGAUGUAGAAUAAAAAAAAUAUAUAAAUAAAACCAAAGUCCCUUUUGUGAGUAAGCUAUUUUGAUGAUCACCGUCAGAAAGUCUUUUUUUUUUAAUCAAAAAAAGCAUUUUUAAUUUAUUUCUAAAAUCAUCUUUAACUAUUUUCACACAUGAUCUCAGAUUCCAAAGAAAUAAACGACAAAGAAAAUAGGGCAAUCCUCCGAUAUUGGCGUUUCUACAGUGAAGAGCUGGUGACAACCUCAGGAAACCAGGGCUGCUGAAUGCUGAGUUUAAGUUCACAGAGCCUUAACCCAGGGAAGAGGAAGAGUCCAGUAGGCUGUGUGCGCCCUCUGGUGUCAAGUCUAUCAAGCAGCAGCAGCCAGUAGAAGCGCCAAAAAAAAAAAA